UGUGGGGCUUCCGGGGUAAGCCAACUGCCCCCAGAAAAUAGGGGUUGCUGGUAGCCAAACAAUUGUUAACUACAAAUUUUAAUGUUGCCUUUUGCGUGACUUUUCAUUUUGCCUUAGUCUCUAGCAAUUUAGACAUAAAUUUAAUUUAAAAGGCAAUGACUAAUUCCUUCCAUGUGUCUGGGAACAUCUGUGUCUCUGCUCGCUUUUACAGAACUACUUUCUUCUUUUAUUGUUUUCAUUAGAAAAUCUCAAUUUUCUUAUUUCAUGCUGUGUUUGAUUUUUUGGUAAGUUAUCUUAGAACCUUUAUGGAAGUGGGUGAGGAAUAAAUCAUAGCUCAUUGUGCUGUCCAACAUGGUAGCCUCUAGCCACACCUAUUUAAAUUUAAGAUAAACUAAUUAAAAUUAAAUAAAAUAUUAAAUUCCAUUUCUCCAUUGCACUAGCCAUAUUUUAAAUGCCUAAUAGCAAGCACAAUAUAGCUCUAUAGUAUGGAAUAUUUCCAUCAUUGCAGAACGUUCUACUGGACAGUGUUGCUGCAGAGGGUUCCAACAAUGGCAUGGACGGGCUUUUGAAAUAUCAAGCUCCCAAAUGAAAGUGGCUUGCGAACCUGGGGUGACCCUCCAGUUCCCAAGAGCUUUCUGCUGCAGGGCGCAGGGCGGCGGGCCGUUGGCCAGGGCGCCGGAAGGAAGGCCCGGAGAGGAACCGGAAGUGCAGCCUCGCAGACAGUUUUGUCGCUGGCCCUGUAAAUGCCCUCGUCAGAAGCCCAGCUGUCCUCCUGGAGUGAGCUUGCUGAGGGACGGCUGCGGGUGCUGUAAGAUCUGUGCCAAACAGCCGGGGGACAUCUGCAAUGAAGCCGACCUCUGUGACCCCCACAAGGGGCUGUACUGUGACUACUCGGCCGACAGGCCUCGGUUCGAGACCGGAGUGUGCGCGCACCUUAGAGCUGUGGGAUGCGAGUUCAACAGGGUACAUUAUCAUAAUGGCCAAGUCUUUCAGCCCAACCCCCUGUUUAGCUGCCUCUGUGUGAGUGGGGCCAUUGGAUGCACACCUCUGUUCAUACCAAAGCUGGCUGACAGUCACUGCUCUGGGGCUAAAGGUAGAAAGAAGUCUGAUCAAUCCAACUGUGGCCUGGGACCAUUCCAACAGCAGCUUUCAGCAACCUACAAAACAAUGCCAGCUUAUAGGAAUCUCCCACUUGUUUGGAAAAGAAAAUGUCUUGUGCAAGCAACAAAGUGGACACCUUGCUCCAGAACAUGUGGGAUGGGAAUAUCUGAUCGGGUCACCAAUGAAAAUAGCAACUGUGAAAUGAGAAAAGAGAGAAGACUGUGUUACAUUCAACCUUGUGACAGUAAUAUAUCAAAGAGAGUAAAGAUCCCCAAAGGAAAAACAUGCCAACCUACUUUCCAACUCCUCAAAGCUGAAAAAUUUGUCUUUUCUGGAUGCUCAAGCACUCAGAGUUAUAAACCCACUUUCUGUGGAGUAUGCUUGGAUAAGAGAUGCUGUGUCCCUAAUAAGUCUAGAAUGAUUACCAUUCAAUUUGAUUGCCCAAAUGAAGGGUCAUUUAAAUGGAAGAUGCUGUGGAUUACAUCUUGUGUAUGCCAAAGGAACUGCAGAGAUCCAGGAGAUGUAUUUUCUGACCUCAAGAUCCUAUAAAACCUAGUAUAUAUGGGAAAAGUUAAGUUCAGGUAAUCAUGUCAUUAUGUUAGAAAAUUAGAGUGGUUUUAAAAGGGUGGCAAAUCUACCUUUUUGAUUUAAAAAAGGGAAGAAUACCUACCUAUUCUCAGAUGACUCUAUUUAAGGCAUUAGAAAUUAUUAAAAAGGUUCUCUUGGGGCGUCUGGGUGGCUCAGUCGUUAAGCGUCUGCCUUCGGCUCAGGUCAUGAUCCCAGGGUCCUGGGAUCAAGCCCCGUAUCGGGCUCCCUGCUUGGUGGGGAACCUGCUUCUCCCUCUCCACUCUCCCUGCUUGUGUCCCUGCUCUUGCUAGGUCUCUGUCAAAUAAAUAAAUAAAAUCUUAAAAAAAAAAAGUUCUCUUAAAAAUACAUGUAAAACUUGGUGCAGCUCUUUCUGCUCACAGGUCUUGUCCCUCUGCUUUAAUAAAACCGUUUUUGCACCCAAGAAGCUAUAUAUAUAUAUAUAUAUAUAUAUAUAUAUAUAUAUAAAUAAAUCUUAAAAGUGAGCUCUUACUUUAAAUGUAUAAUUAUGAAAUACACAGAUAGUUGCUUCCAUCUACAUAUUCCAUACAUAAUGGAAAAAUUACACAAUUUAUAAGAAAGCAUUUUAUUCUAUAAAAUAAUCUGGAAUACUUUGUUGGAAGAUGUGUAAAAAGUUUAGAACUUUUUAAAAACUUUAUUUUUUAAAACUUUAUCUGUACUUUGACAGUGUAGCCAGGAUUCCAUCAGAUGAUAAUCAUUAUGUGGUGAGCAAGAUUCUGGGUUUAAUUCUUAAAUAAGAUAAGAUUAAACUGCAAAUAUAAUUUCCACUACCCUAUCCUGAGUAUCAGUUUAUUAAGAUUUCUUUUGAAAGAAGAAAACAGAACUUCUUUGGCCAUUACUGACAACUGUAAUCUAAAAGUUUUUAUACCAAAUACUGUACAAAAUGAAAUUUCUAAGAUAAUUUGGCCAUUAUUGACAAGUGUAAUCUAAAAGUUUUUAUACCAAAUAUUGUAAAAAACGAAAUUUCUAAGAUAAAGAUCAAGAGCAGUAUCCUUACUUUGAAAAGGAAAGAAACUUAAAAACUUAGCACUAAAGAAAGCACAGAUUAUUUUGGCUUGAGAAUAAAUUGUUCCUAAAAAUCACUUCCUUAAGUGAUAAAUCCACCUAUGGAUUUAAAAUAUAAAUUGUAUUUAAAGAUAAAUUAAUGUUAACUACAACUGGAGAGUAUAAUAACUGGAACAUGUUCACUAGACUAUUACAGCCAUUUUCCUGUGGAGUUUGGAAGAUGUCAAGCUAAGUAAUGUUCUGUUUGCUUAUAUAAAUGGUGACAAGCAAAACCAAUAACAACAAGCAAUACUGUUUAAAAAUAUGGACAUUUAUUAUUAUGAAAUCAACUGGUUUAAUAAAAAAUCAUUAUAUUUAAAGAUAACUUAAUACAUAUAAAUGUUAAAGUGUAAAUUUUCAUUCUUUUGAGUGCAAACAUGUGGUUACCCAAAGAAGAAACAAAACCUCCUUCAUAGUUGUAAUAAAACCUAUCCCAGAAAAGUUAGUGGGUAUUACAUAGAAGUAUUUAUAUUGUGUUCUACUGCUCCUUGUACUUGCUUUUAAAAAAUCAGGAGAAUUUAAACAGAAUAUGAAAAAAUAAAUUAUAAAUAAAUAUAAAAAUAUACCUUAUAAGGUUUUUAUUGAAGACAUGAUUAUCAUUGUAUUAAUGCCUAAAUAUGAGACUGUAAGUAAAAGUAUUGAACUAUUUUCCUGAAGACAAAUGUUUGAAGUUAAGGUAGUAGGACUUCACUAAUUUCACAGACUGGUAUCACCCACAAAUUGUGAUGAAAUGAAAAUCACUUUUUUUUUUUUAAGACAAAAAUGCUUUCUAAUAGGAAAAGUGCAAACUGGGUUUUCUGAAUCACAAAAAUUCUGAAACAGAAAGAAAAGGUGACAAAUUCCAGUGUAAAAUUAAGAAAAGUAAAAGUUGUAUCUUGGGGUUUCUUUUUUACACAGCUAUGCUUAGUCUAGGAAAAUCUUCCACAGGCAUGCUUUUCGUGGCAUCCAGUUGGUUGUAUUCCUCUAUGAGCCCUGAUAAAGAUGACACAGCUUCCAUGAAACCGCUUUCUUCCAUCCCUUCAAUUUGUAGAUAGUGAUGAAGAUGAGCCUAUAAAUAAAAAACUGGAUAAUGUUGACCAUUUUCAGAAAAUUUAAUACAUGAAUAACUAUCCUAAAACAUAAAUAAUUCUUUAUUAAAGUGAUACUUCACUCAGCUUUACAAGAGAAAGGAGAACUCCAAUCCCAAUAAACUCACGAGAUUUCUCCUUUAGAUAGUCCGAGUAAACCUCUCCUCUUCAGUUAUAAUCAGUACAGUGAAUAGAGCAGUCAGGAUUGCCCUUGAUUUGUGAUAGUGUAAUUUGUGAGAAGACAUCUUAAAUAGCCAAAAUAAACACAUACAGUUAAGAAGGUGUACUGAUAAUUACCUUUUUCUUGUAGAGCCUCAUGAAUCUCUCUUUCAGUUCCAUGAAGGUAGGCUUCACGCAUGUGUUAUUUGCUAGAGCUAAUAAUGAAUGGGAAUGGCCCACAGGAGGGACUGAACACAGGCUGGUUUUCCAUCCUUCUUGAUUCCAGGAGACAAACUGUAGAGAAGGUUUUAAUCUGAAAUACAAAAACCCAAAGGUGAGAAUGAAGGUACUGAAAGUAUCUGCCAUAUAUGGCAGCAGACAUUACUGAUGGUACCAUUCUAAUUGCUCAGUAUGUAACGUGAGUUACCUACUUUUUACUAUUAGUAGUAUCAUGGUACAGUCUGACAGUGAGCUAAGGGACAUUUAGUUAGGAGGGCAUUAAAUCUGGGGAUGAAAAAGAAUUGAAAAUAUUACAAUUUAAAAAAAAUUACAAUUUUCCUUACUUUGUAAUUCAAUAGAGUAGUUUUCCUAAAAACAGACUGUCAAAAAAUAGUAAAACACAAACUUAGAAGCAGUGUAGUGGUAGUAAUAAAACAACAGUAGUUAAAUUUUCCGAACACUUUCAGAAAAUAAAAUAUUUCCUAUAUCAUUCACUAUUCAAAAAUAACAAUUUUGUACCAUUAUUAUUCUUAUUUUACAUUUGAGAAAAAUAAGGCUACGUAGUUUGCUCAAGGUCACCCUUUAGUUAAGUGGCAAUGCUAGAAUUCGAAGAGAGGUCAUCUGAACUACUAUGCUAGUAGUAUACAUAAAUUACCAUGAAAAUAUAAAAUCAAACCUUUCAAUAUUUCUGCGAAGAUCUGAAACCUGUACAUUUCCUCUAACCAUAAGGGCACAGGCAAGGUAGAGACUAUGUUUGGGGUCAGCCCGAAUUAGCUGGUGAUCUUUACUAAAGGCAUCUGAAAACAUCUGAUCCAACCUAGAACAAUGAAAGAAUCACUGUUUAUACAAAAUAUUAUUUCUUCUAUGUAGAACUACAAAGUACAAAGACAGUCACCUACAGGUAAAUAAACACACACAAACACCUUCUACAUUUCAGCUAUCAUUUUCUCAAAACAAUCUUGAUGAGAAAUAUGAGAAGAGAGGAGGACAUCUUUUAUCCUUUAUUUAGAAAGGAAGAAAAAGGUGCCAACAUAUGUAUAUCUAAUAAUACACAGGAUCCUGUCUUUAAUAUAGCCCCAGCCUGGUUCUUAAAUCCCACUUAACUCAAUACAAAUAUAAUUAGGUUCCCUAGAUAACUCUAGAUUCUGUGUGCUGAAUCUAUAUCAUGUCUGGGAAGAGCUGCAGAAAUCAGUGUUACCUACUCAUUCAACAGAUACUUACUAAAUGCCUUCUAUGUGCAGGCACUAUUCUAAGUGCAAGAGACCCAGUACUGAACAACAAAAAUUUCUGCUUUACUGGAGUUUACAUUCGAUCUUGGUUAUGUGACAGCAAGAAGAACAGAAGACUCCUUUAGGGAAUGGUGAGCUGUGGGGUGUUUGUAAAUCCUCUGCUACUGUGUUCAAAAUUUGGUGUAUAUGUGCUUUUGGGCAUUUUUAUGAAGUUAAGGAAACCCAGAAAAGGAUAAGAACCACUAAACAAGUGGGCAAAUUCAUUCUUGAUUUAUCCUCUGCUGCAAAAUAUAAAAACUAGUAAGGAGCUAUUUGUAAUUUUGGGAUACUUAUCUUUAUUCACAUUAGAAAUACGGAAUUUCAAGAAACAUAUACACACUUCUCAUAUGUGCUUAUUAUUUUCAUGUGAUAAAAAUGGGAUGAGGUACAGGACUGACAUUUAUUAAUAAAAGGUACAACAAAAACCAUUCUCACUACUAAUAAGAAAUUAAAGAGUUUUAAAACUGACUUUUAAUAGUACAAUUUUAAAACAAUUUAUUAUUUUACUCAAGGAUAGAUAAACGUGUUCAUGUGCUGAUAUGACCGCCUCUGAAAUAUCUAUAGUACAGCAGAAAAAAAGGGAAAAAAGAACACAAAGAUAGAAAGAACAUUGUGACAAGUUCCCUAAGAGUAUAAAAUCUUUAAAGUCCCUUAUACAUUUUCACAAACACAUUUUUAAAAAUAAACCUUUGUAACAAAUUAUGAUUAUAUGAAUACAAAAUGCUGCAACAGUAUAAUUUUUAUCAAAAUAUGCUAAAAGCGGGAUUAAAAGAAGUUUAAUUGGCUUUGAAACAUUCAGGUUGAAGGACCAAGUCAAACAUUUUUUUCUUUAUGCUGAAUUUAAUUAGAAAUUCCCUGUCUUUAUUUUUUAAGAAUUAACUUUAAAUGUAAAAAUGUUUGGACUAUCACUAUUGUACAAUAAAUAGUUUAGCACCAAUUUACAUUCUAUGUGUCCACAUAUUAUUUAAAUACACUAAUUUUUAAUAUGCGGGGCUGAUAAUAACAGUGAACAUUUAGUGAAUGAUUACCAUGUUCCACAUACAGUGCAAGUUGCUUAACUUAAGGUCAUCACCAUUCCAUGCAGAAAGAGUCCUAUUAGUUGGCAUAACUGUUUAUUUGUUAACAGCUUAAAUAAAAGUUAAUAGCACUGUGACAUUUACAGUGCAGAACUGUUAUUUUGCCAAAAUUUAAACUGUAAAAAAGAUCUUUAAUCUGGUUUUUAUCAUUUACAUACUUUCCUCUUACAGAGUUUGACAGGACCUUUUCCCUCAGUCAACUGUGGAUGCCAGUGGGACCUUUUCAAGCUUAUCAUCACUGUAUAUGCUCAGAAUAUUUUUCAAUUACAUUUUUAUUAAGUAGACUAAGUUUUACGCUUAUAAAUGACACACAGUUACAAAACAAGGUGUUCUGGAAAUUAUAUAUAGCAGCUACCAUCAACAGUAACACUGGAAAGCCUUCUAUGGUGCUGGACUGUGAUAAGAACUUUAAAGAUACUCUUAUUUAAUAUACCCAACAAAGGUAUGAGGUAGGUCCACCUGCCCAAGGUCCUAUAGCUAUUGACAGAAUUAGCAUUCAGACUUAAGUAUGUCAGACUUCAAAGCCCUGAAAUCUUUUUCAAUAAAAACCAAAUCUUUAUGAAUUUCAUUAGCUUAAAAAUUUAGAUUUAAUGUCAAAUGGUUUCAUAUUCACUUUUUAAACAAUGACUUGUAAAAUAAAGGAUUCAAAUAAUGAAAAUGACACAAAGAAAAUGACACAAAAAAAUACCCAGAGUUACUACAAACUUAAAAAAAUUUUUUUAAAAAAGUAAUUCAAAUUAUCAAGUCAUUAGAAUAGUUACUACAUCUUACCUUCGGGUAGGAAUGUUAACAUCUGCCAGUGUAUAUAGAGGUGUUAGGCUUGACACAAGAUAAUGCAGUUGAGGAAAAGGAACUAAAUUCAUGCUGAUUUCAUUAAGGUCCAUAUUAAGGGACCCUUCAAACCUUGCAGAGCUAAAAAAUUAACAAAGCAAGAGAAAAAAAUUUAAUGUUAAAAUUUUAUACUUUGAAUGUAGCUUUAUUCAGCAGGCAUUCUUAAAUCCUUUUGUACACUGUUCUUCAGUAGAGAAUAUAUGCUCCUUUUUUCUGUAUUAGUGAAAUUUAGUAUCAUGAAUAUCAUGUAUAAAGGUAAUUAAAAUGUAACACACAA